AUUUUUACCUGAUCCAUAUAAUAAAUUUCGUUGCAUUACAUCACUACAUAAUAUCUUUGUUAUCAAUAAACAUUUAAGAUAAUUUGACAAGGCCGCACUGUUAACAUCUGGAAAAAGACAUAUAAAACAAAUGACAUCAGAUGAGUGAUUAUACUUCUGUCUAAGAAACUUAUUGGCUAGUUGCGUACUGGUUUUGAAGUGCAUCAAAGUUAAUCCAACUCGUAUCAAGAAGUGCAUUAGAAUAGCCGAAAGAUGUCGUUAAAACGAGUUCUUAUUGUAAACAAGUCAUUCCCAGUCGCCGGUGUCGAAUUAUUAAAGAACAAGGUCCAAACAACUAUAGUGCCGCAUCUCGACUACGAACCGGAGAGCUUGCCGACCAUAAAGAAGACUAUUCCGGGAUUUGACGCCGUAAUAUGGAACACGAAACACAAGCUUACUGGAGACAUAUUGGACUUAGCGGGUCCUCAAUUAAAGAUCGUGUCAACAAUGUCUUCGGGCAUCGACCAGAUCGACUCUGUGGAGACCAAGAAACGCGGUAUCCUCCUUGGGAACACCCCCGAGGUCCUGAACGACGCUGUGGCCGACAUUACUGUGGGCCUGAUGAUCGCCGCAGCCAGGAGGUUUAAAGAAGGAGUACAGGAAUUGGAGUCGGGAGAAUGGAAGUACGGUGUCCAAUGGAUGGUGGGUCAGGACAUCGCGGGCAGCACCGUGGGCAUCGUGGGCUUCGGGGGCAUCGGACAGGCCGUGCUCAGGAGACUCAGGGGGUUCGAUGUCGCCAAGUUCAUCUACAGCGGAAGAACAGACAAACCGGAAGCCAAGACCCUUGGAGCCGAGCGCGUGCCCCUAGACCAGCUGCUCAAAGAGAGUGACUUCGUGAUCCUGGCCUGCCCCCUCACCAAGGAGACCAAGUAUCUGAUCAACGCUGAUUCUCUCAAGCUGAUGAAGAAGAACUCGAUAGUUGUUAACAUUGGACGAGGAGAGCUGGUUGACCAAGAGGCGUUGUACACGGCUCUGAAGGAGCAGCAGAUAUUCGCGGCCGGCCUCGACGUGGUCACUCCCGAACCUAUAGCGAAGGACCAUCCACUCAUCUCACUACCUAACUGCUAUAUAAUACCUCACAUGGGAAGCGCGACCAUCGAGACUAGAAACAAGAUGGCAUCGAUAUCAGCUCGGAAUGUAUUGCAGGCGUUGGAGGGAAAACCAAUGCUGUUCCCAUGCUGAUGCAUUACUUAAAAUUUAACUGUCAAUGAUCAUAUCGUGGUCAAAUUAUUAUCUGUGUAUAUUUUUUUAUAAAUAAACAUAUACAGUGUCUUGUUAUUGUGUUUUUUUUUCUUUUAAAGUCCAUUGUCGUAUCUCAUCGCAUCAACUUUAAACUUAUGCCUAUGCAGGCGUAACUGUUUCAGAGGAAUUAAAAAAAAUACUGACGUUGUCAUUUUUUUUGCUCAAUUUUAUUAUUCAUACUGUAUUGUUUCGCCUGUAGAUAUGGGGUUUAGGUACGAACCUAGCUUUCUUUUUUCUCCUGUAAUUCUAACAAAAUUAGUCUUAGCAAAAAUAUAAAGAAUUUGAUGUAGUUCCUUAAAAUGUAUAACAAAAAGACAUCGGUUAUUGUUUUUACACCCUUGGGUGGUACCUUGGCUCUCCUUUAUAGCUAAUAUGGCUACCAAAAUUAUGAAAGCAAAUUCCGUUGUGGUACGACUUGUUUUAUUGUGAUAGUGGGAUCCUUCUUCUUUUUAAAUAAGAACAGGCUCAUAAGAAUUUAUAACAACUUUACUGUCGUUUUCUAACUAUGUCUAUUGGUCUUCUGGCAGCUGUGACUAAACAGUUUAUACUUACAAACAAAAUCACAAAGCAGCCGUACUGUGUAACUAAUACGGCGAAAUAUAAUUGUUACAUCAAUAUCCCCACAUAAACAUUAUGCGAUAAACGUUUAUGACGUCACACUAGUAUACCAAAUCAAGACCUCAUUCCCGCCAUUCGUAACUGAGUUUGACAUAACUCUAUCUUUGUCUUUCAUAAUAGAACACCGAGUCUGCGGGAAUAGCCGCUCUUAUUUUUUUUUUGACCAAGACCUUGGCUGUACAGCCGGCCGCAUAACCGCAUUACAACUUGGACCCGCUUUAUGGCAAUACGUACUUAUCACUUGAUUCCCAAGAUACCGUAUCUCGCUACCUGAUAAAUAAACAAUGAUUAUACAAUACGUAGUUGCCGUGGCGUUAGUCGCUGUCGCGUUACCGGCAAGAAGUGUUGCGAACAACACAAUGACGAAGAAUUUAAAAGUUUUAGUGUCUUCAAAUGAUUUCCCGGCCAGUGGACUUAGAGUACUGGAGGAACAUUUUACCGUAGUCCAGACGAAAUACCUGAACUUCGGCGAGGAAGGUCGGACCCUGGCUAAGGAUGACCUCCUCAAGCUGAUCCCGGGAUGUUCGGCGUUGGUGUGGAGCUCCAACCUACCCAUUACCAAA